AUAGUGCCCUCGAUGGUUUGACACCUCUACUAGACGCCGGCAAAGAGCGAAAUUAUUUUUCAAUAUUAAUUAAAAGCGAUUUAAAGUAGCCAAAAUGUCCUUCAAAAGCAAUCCGAAGGUGCAGAAGGUGAUGGUGCAGCCCAUCAACCUGAUCUUCCGCUACUUGCAGAACCGCUCGCGCGUGCAGGUCUGGCUGUACGAAAACAUUUCGCUCCGCAUCGAAGGCCACAUUGUGGGCUUCGACGAGUACAUGAAUCUGGUGUUGGACGACGCCGAGGAAGUGUACGUGAAGACGCGCCAACGCAAGAGUCUGGGCCGUAUCAUGCUGAAGGGGGACAACAUCACGCUGAUCCAGAACGUGAGCCCGUCCAAGGAUUAGUGGCGCUGGAUGGAACCCGGCCACUAUAGAUUCACGUCAAAACUAUAAGUUAAUUAUACCUGUAAAGUCAAAACCUCAAAACGAAUGAAUAAUUAAUAAAUGGAGAACUUUCUGUAAA